AUGGCGCCGGCGAGGGACGAGCAUCUGGACGCGAUUCGCGCGCGGAUGGCGGCCCACUCGCCGCCGCUCCACGCGCUGGUCGUCCCCUCCGAGGACGCCCACCAGAGCGAGUACGUGUCGGAGCAGGACAAGCGGCGGCAGUUCAUCUCCGGGUUCACAGGGAGCGCUGGCUUGGCUCUUAUUACCAUGAAAGAGGCAUUGUUGUGGACGGAUGGACGCUACUUCUUGCAGGCGACACAGCAACUGAGCGAUCGUUGGAAACUAAUGCACAUGGGAGAAGACCCACCAGUUGAAGCAUGGAUAGCUGAUGUUGCUUGGCUGUACAACAUUCGAGGAAGUGAUGUGGAUUAUAGCCCAGUGGUUCACUCUUAUGCUAUUGUAACAUUACACAGUGCUUUCUUUUAUGUUGAUAAGAGAAAAGUAACUGUCGAGAUUCAGAAAUACAUGUCUGGAAAUGGUAUUGAAAUAAGAGAGUAUGAAACUGUUCAAUCUGAUGCAAAUUUGCUUGCAUCUGGCAAGCUACAAAGUUCUGUGCAUGUGGAAAAGGAUAUGAAUGAGGUGGAGAGUUCAAAAAUUUGGAUUGAUUCUGGCUCAUGUUGCCUUGCACUCUACUCAAAGUUGAGUCCACAUCAAGUUUUGGUGCUGCAAUCACCAAUUGCUCUUCCAAAGGCUGUUAAGUAUUUUGUUUCCUCAAUUUUUCUUCUUUGCAACAAUGCUGUAGAACCCCACAGAACUGGAUGGAUUGAGGAAGGCGAUAUUAGAGAUGGUGCCGCUGUUGUACAAUACCUUGCUUGGCUGGAUAAUCAGAUGCAGGAGAACUAUGGAGCUUCUGGUUAUUUCAGUGAGAUAAAAGGGUCACACAAAAAGGAAAAUCUACCAACCAAACUUACUGAGGUGUCUGUGAGUGACAAACUUGAAGGCUUCCGUGCAACAAAAGAGAACUUUAAAGGUUUGAGUUUUCCUACAAUUUCAUCUGUGGGACCAAAUGCAGCAAUUAUUCACUAUAAUCCUGAAGCAAGCACAUGUUCAGAAAUGGAUGCUGAUAAAAUAUAUCUUUGUGACUCUGGGGCACAGUACCUGGAUGGUACAACAGACAUUACAAGAACUGUACAUUUUGGUAGACCCUCAGAACAUGAGAAGUCAUGCUACACAGCAGUCUUGAAAGGCCACAUCGCACUAGACAUUGCUGUGUUUCCUAAUGGGACAACAGGGCAUGCUCUUGAUAUUCUUUCACGAGCUCCACUCUGGAGAGAGGGACUUGACUAUCGGCAUGGUACAGGCCAUGGAAUUGGAUCUUAUUUGAAUGUGCAUGAAGGUCCUCAUCUAAUUAGCUUCAGACCUUCUGCUCGAAAUGUACCGUUGCAAGCAUCCAUGACUGUGACAGAUGAGCCUGGUUAUUAUGAAGAUGGGAGCUUUGGUAUAAGAUUGGAGAAUGUACUUAUUUGCAAAGAGGCCAAUGCUAAAUUUAAUUUUGGAGAUAAGGGUUAUUUGGCAUUUGAACAUAUAACAUGGGCUCCGUACCAGACCAAACUGAUAGACACCAAGCUUCUGACUCCUGUUGAGAUCGACUGGGUAAACACAUACCACUCAGACUGCCGGAAGAUCUUGGAGCCUCAUCUGAACGAGCAGGAGAAGCAAUGGCUGAUGAAAGCCACUGAGCCCAUAGCUGCAAGCAGCUGA